AAGAAAAAAGAAAAUUCGAGUCAUUUCCCUCUACACACAGACAAAGAGAAAUAGAGAAAUCAAAGAGAUAAAAGAAAAUUUUCCUUUUUUUUUUUUUAAUAAAAAGAUAAAUAAAUAAAUGAAAUUGUCUUGUCUCUCCAACCAACCAACAAACAAACAAACAAACAAAUAAAACCCCAGAACCCUAGAAUUCUCCUAUUUUCCUAAUCACUGAGCUCUCUGCAGCUUAAUUUUGAGUUGACUCGACUGUCUAUGGCUUCAUCCAUGGCUUCUACAUGCUCUCCGACCUCUCUCCAGCUUCGGUUGGCCCUGAAUUGCAGGAAAUGUAGAGGAUCACCUGUCCUUCUAAUAUUACAGGCUCGGGCGACGAGGAUUGAUCGUCAUUCUCACAAGCUAUGUGCUUCUCAUAUUGGGUACGGAGUGCAACCCCCUCGUUACGGAAGUCCGUGGACUGCGUCGAGCUCUGCUGCUGCCGACAAUUUCGCUGGGUGGACUGAUUCGGGCGAUGGUGAUCAGUCUGUUGAAACACAAAAGAAGAAAUGGAUUCAAGGAAUGGUGGGAGCUGGAGUAGCUGGGAUCAUCUUAGUUGCAGGGCUUACCUUUGCAGCAUUAUCACUAAGUAAACGGACUACUUUAAAAACAAAACAGCAAAUGGAACCGUUAACUGUGCAGCAGGAAGUUUCAUUGGUAUCUGAUGAUGAGGAAGAUAAAAUUGAAAAGAAUACAAGUGCGGAAAGCAGUGCAAAUUUAAAGGAAGAGUAUAUUAGUCUAGAACACAAGACAAAUACAGAUGUGGAUCUUCCUUCAUCUCCACAAAUUGAAGAAACACAUAAUGAAAAUAAACUCAGUGGUGAUACUGAUCAGUUGUUAUCAGCAGAUAAUGGCAAUUACAUAAUCAGUUCAAAUGAUACUGUUGAUAAUGCUCCUGUUCAAGAGGAUUUGCAAUAUGACUCAGCUUUUGACAGCAAGUUAGGUGUUCUAGAAACGACUCCCAACUCAACGAAUUUGCCUGAGUCUAAAAUUGCUAAAAUUGACAAAAACUUGGUCAAUGGUGAACCUGCUUAUUCUUUGAACAUAAUAAACACUAUCACUGAGCAUACAGAAGCAAAAGAAAAUACCAUUCCUUCAUCUGAUUCUUCUAUCUCCCCUGUUCUUAAAUCCAGUGAGCCCGUGGUUGUGAGUACUUCCAUUACUUUAACUUCAGAUACAGUAUCAGAGGUUGGGAAUCUUUUCAAAGAUGGCAUGGACUCUGAAGCCUCAGUUCCGACAAAAGAAGAGCUUAACACAAGUACAAAUCAGGUCUCAACUGAUAGAAAUAGUUCAUCCCUGGAAAUGAAUUACUUAACUGAAAGUGGUUCUUCUGGAGUGACAUCUGUGUCAGAAUGGGCCUAUCCAUUUGCAAACAAACAAGAUAUAGUUGUUAAUGAUGACAUGAACUUAAGUAAAACAUCUUCCGAAUCACCACCUUUCAGUGGCAGCUUCUCAUCUGCUGGGGUACCAGCUCCAUCUGCAGUUCCUGAAUCCUUGCAGGUCUCUCCUGGAAAGAUUUUGGUUCCAGCAGUUGUUGAUCAGACUCACGGACAAGCACUAGCUGCACUGCAAGUUUUGAAGGUUAUUGAGGCUGAUGUUCAACCUAGUGAUCUAUGUACACGUCGUGAAUAUGCUCGCUGGUUAGUAGCUGCAAGCAGUGCACUUUCAAGGAGCACACUGUCAAAAGUAUAUCCUGCGAUGUAUAUAGAGAAUGCUACUGAACCAGCAUUUGAUGAUAUCACACCUGAUGAUCCUGAUUUUUCCUCAAUUCAAGGCUUAGCUGAAGCAGGUCUCAUCUCAAGCAGGCUGUCAAAUCAUGAUUUGCUUUCUCCAGUUGAAGACCAAGGUCCAUUGAAUUUCUCUCCUGAAAGCCCUCUAUCGCGGCAGGAUCUUGUAAGCUGGAAGAUGGCUCUAGAGAAAAGACAACUUCCAGAAGCUAAUAGAAAGAUUCUGUACCAACUUUCUGGCUUUAGAGAUGUUGAUAAAAUACAUCCAGAUGCAUGGCCUGCACUUAUAGCUGACCUGUCUGCUGGAGAUCAAGGGAUAAUUUCACUUGCAUUUGGCUGCACAAGAUUAUUCCAGCCAAAUAAACCGGUCACAAAGGCCCAAGCUGCAGUAGCUCUUGCAAUUGGUGAGGCUUCUGACAUAGUUAACGAGGAGCUUGCACGAAUUGAAGCAGAAUCCAUGGCAGAAAAUGCUGUUUCUGCUCAUAAUGCUUUAGUAGCCCAAGUUGAGCAGGAUAUCAAUGCGAGUUUUGAGAAGGAGCUUCUCAUGGAGAGAGAAAAGAUCAAUGCUGUGGAGAAAAUGGCGGAAGAAGCAAGGCUUGAGUUAGAAAGGUUAAGAGCUGAAAGGGAAGCAGAUAAUUUUGCCCUGAUGAAGGAGCGUGCUUCUAUUGAAGCAGAAAUGGAAGUCCUGUCAAGGUUAAAAGGAGAGGUGGAGGAGCAGUUGCAAACCCUUCUGAGUAGUAAGGUGGAGAUAUCCUAUGAAAAGGAAAGGAUAAACAAACUUCAGAAAGAAGCAGAGAAUGAAAAACAGGAGAUUUCCCGAUUACAAUAUGAGCUGGAGGUUGAGCGGAAAGCGUUAUCGAUAGCCAGGGCUUGGGCUGAGGAUGAAGCCAAAAGAGCAAGAGAACAUGCAAAAGUCAUUGAAGAGGCUAGAGAUCGCUGGGAGAGGCAGGGAAUCAAGGUUGUAGUCGACAAUGAUCUCCGUGAGGAGACCUCUGCUGGAGGUACAUGGGUUGCUACUGCGAGGCAGUUCUCUGUAGAAGGAACUGUUAGCAGGGCAGAAAAAUUGGUGGGCGAGCUCAAGCUAUUGGCGGAUAACGCAAGGGGUAAGUCUAAGGAGGUAAUUAAUACAAUCAUUCAGAAGAUACUCGUCAUCAUUUCAAGGCUGAAGGAGUGGAUCUCCGAGGCAAGAACACAAGCUGGAGAACUCAAAGAUGCUGCUGUCUUGAAGGCCAAGGAAUCAGUAGAAGAGUUGCAGAAGAACACAUCAGAAUUUAGUUCAACAAUCAAGGAGAGGGCAAGGGGGUCUAUAUAUGGGUUACAGCAAAGUACUGCAGAAUUUAGCUUUGCUAUGAAGGAAGGAGCAAAGCGUGUUGCAGGAGAUUGCAGAGAGGGUGUAGAGAGACUCACUCAGAGAUUCAAAUCAUGAAUAAACAUCUUGUAUUUUUAUUUUUUUUCUGGUUAUGUACCAAUAAUAAAAAUUUCCAGCAAUUACAGCUGAGAAACGGCAAUACUUUCCAUUGGUUCCACCCUCAUUUUUGAAAGUAUACAUUAUUGCUGACGCUUUACCAAUA